AUAUUUUGCAUGAAACAGCCAAUUUCUUUCUGUACUCGAGCAACAACCGCAUCAACGGACACAGUUUUCUGCACAGAAAGCUAUGGCAUCGAAGUUGGAAAUAAAUAUUCGCAGUUUGAUUGCACAGUGCGAAGAGAUUGUAGCCGUAGACAAACAGGACUGGCGCUUGAAAAAGUACAUUCGAUCGUUGGACAUCAUGGUUGAAGAGUUGGGCGAACAGCCGGAUCCACCGGAGGAUAAAUUGCUAGAAAUGUACCGAAAUCAAUGCACCGAAUUGAAGCAGGCGUCCGGCUAUGCUGAACCUUCGGCGUCAGAGAAGGAACGACUCCGGUACAAACCAAGAGCCACGGAACCGAUCGGGGACGAUGUAAUGCGCGAGGUUCGACAGUUUCAAAAGCAGUCGUUCGAAAGGGAACUACGUAGCGAGCUAUUUAAUGGAAACUUUUCGACGAUACGAAGACGCGCCGGCCAGAAGGUAGCGGAAAACCUGGAACAGACGGUUAAACAAUACUCAACGGAACAGGAAAAGCUUGCGGAGGAUAUGUUACGGUUAACAAGAAAUUUGAAGGAACAGACAGAAACCGCCAACAAGAUUCUGAAGAAAGACACUGAGAUCGUAUCCAAAUCAUCUAAGCUAACUGACCAAAACACAUCUUCGCUUACGACGGAGUCAUCCAAGCUGCAGGAAAACUCGAAGAAGGCGUGUAAAUGUUGGAUGUGGCUGAUGAUAGUAUUCGUUAUAGUGACAUUCAUAUUUAUGGUAAUGUUUAUGAAAAUAAUGAAAAAGAGAGUGUACUAGGACACCAUGGUUAGCGAUGGUAAAAUAAUUAUUGGUUGCGGGGACACAAACGGGCAAGAAGAAAAGACAACGCAUCAAAGCAAGCUGCUACUGCCCUUGCUGCUCUUAAGCUAGUUUGAUCGGUUGCACAGGACAAAGCACGAAAUUGAAGUGAGAAUGCUGUGUUGUUGUUGAUCAGUAUCUGCAUUUUUGUUGUUGUAAAUUGUGGCUUUAUUGAGAGUAUGAAUAAUAUACAAAACUAAACCCUUCUUUUGUAAAGAUCUGCCUCGAUUA